AUGGACGGGGCGGCGGAGCUGCUGUUCUACGUUAACGGCCGCAAGGUGAUAGAAAAAAAUGUCAAUCCUGAAACAAUGCUGUUACCAUAUUUGAGGAAGAAGCUCCGACUCACAGGAACUAAAUAUGGCUGUGGAGGGGGAGGCUGUGGUGCCUGCACGGUGAUGAUAUCACGAUAUAACCCCAUUACCAAGAGGAUAAGACAUUAUCCGGCUAACGCCUGUCUGAUUCCCAUCUGUUCCCUGUAUGGUGCUGCUGUCACCACAGUAGAAGGCAUAGGAAGCACCAGGACCAGGAUUCAUCCUGUUCAGGAGAGGAUUGCCAAGUGUCACGGCACGCAGUGUGGCUUCUGCACCCCUGGGAUGGUGAUGUCCAUCUACACGCUGCUCAGGAACCACCCCGAGCCCACCCUCAGUCAAUUAACUGAAGCCCUUGGUGGUAACCUGUGCCGUUGCACUGGAUACAGGCCCAUAAUUGAUGCAUGCAAGACUUUCUGUAAAACUUCUGGCUGCUGUCAAGGUAAAGAAAAUGAGGUUUGCUGUUUGGAUCAAGGAAUAAAUGGAUUACCAGAAUUUGAGGAAGGAAAUGAGACAAGUCACAAACUCUUUUCAGAAGAGGAGUUUCUGCCAUUGGAUCCAACUCAGGAAUUGAUAUUUCCUCCUGAGCUAGUGACAAUGGCUGAGAAACAACCACAAAGGACCAGGAUUUUUGGUGGUGAUAGGAUGACAUGGAUUUCCCCAGUGACCCUGAAGGAACUUCUAGAAGCCAAAGUCAAAUAUCCCCAGGCCCCUGUUGUCAUGGGGAACACCUCUGUGGGGCCUGACGUGAAAUUUAAAGGCAUCUUUCACCCAGUUGUAAUAUCUCCUGACAGCAUUGAAGAAAUGAGUAUUGUAAACUAUACAGAUAAUGGGCUGACUUUAGGUGCCGCCCUCAGCCUGGCUCAGGUGAAGGACAUCCUGGCUAAGGUGAUCCGGAAGCUCCCAGAGGAGAAGACCCAGACAUUCCACGCUCUCUGGAAGCAUUUGGGAACUCUGGCUGGAGCCCAGAUCAGGAACAUGUCUUCUUUAGGGGGCCACAUAGUGAGCAGACAUCUAGAUUCAGAUCUGAAUCCCCUCCUGGCCGUGGGCAACUGUACUCUUAAUUUGCAAUCAAAAGAAGGAAAACGACAGAUUCCUUUAAAUGAGCAGUUUCUCAAAAAGUGCCCCAGUGCCAGUCUUAAGCCUGAAGAAAUCUUGAUCUCAGUGAAUAUCCCCUAUUCAAGAAAGUGGGAGUUUGUGUCGGCCUUCCGACAAGCCCAGCGACAGCAGAACGCGCUAGCGAUGGUCAAUUCGGGAAUGAGAGUGUUUUUCGGAGAAGGAGAUGGCGUCAUUAGAGAGUUAGCCAUCGCGUAUGGAGGAGUUGGUCCAACCACCAUCUGUGCAAAGAAUUCCUGCCAGGAGCUCAUUGGAAGGCCCUGGAAUGAAGAGAUGCUGGAUGCAGCUUGCAGGCUGAUUCUGGACGAAGUCUCCCUCCCAGGCUCAGCUCCAGGUGGGAGGGUGGAAUUCCGGAGGACUCUCAUCAUCAGCUUCCUCUUCAAGUUCUACCUGAAAGUGUCACAGAUUUUGAAGAUGAGGGACCCUGCUCGCUAUCCUAGCCUUGCAGACAAGCAUGCGAGUGCUUUGGAGGAUCUUCAUUCCAGACAUCCCUGGAUUACACUGAAGUACCAGAAUGCGAACCCAAAGCAGCUUCCUCAAGACCCAAUUGGCCAUCCCGUCAUGCAUCUGUCCGGCAUUAAGCACGCCACGGGCGAGGCCGUCUACUGUGAUGACAUGCCUGCCGUGGACCGGGAACUGUUCCUGACCUUCGUAACAAGUUCAAGAGCUCAUGCUAAGAUUGUGUCUAUUGAUCUGUCAGAGGCUCUCAGCCUGCCUGGUGUGGUGGACAUCGUGACUGAGGAACAUCUUCAUGGCGUCAACUCCUUCUGCCUUUUAACCAAACCUGAGAAACUUCUGUCGACAGAUGAGGUGUUUUGCGUGGGUCAGCUUGUCUGUGCUGUGAUUGCCGAUUCUGAGGUUCAGGCAAAGCGAGCUGCACAGCGAGUGAAGAUCAUCUACCGAGAUUUGGAGCCUCUGAUCCUAACCAUCGAGGAAGCAAUACAACACAAGUCCUUCUUUGAGCAAGAAAAGAAACUGGAGUAUGGGAAUGUGGAUGAAGCAUUUAAAAUGGUGGAUCAAGUUCUUGAAGGUGAAAUACACUUGGGCGGUCAAGAACAUUUUUAUAUGGAAACCCAAAGCAUGCUUGUUGUUCCCAAAGGAGAGGAUCAAGAAAUGGAUGUCUACGUGUCCACACAGUAUCCCAAAUACAUACAGGACAUAGUUGCUUGGAUCUUGAAGAUUCCAGCUAACAAGGUCAUGUGUCACGUAAAGCGUGUUGGCGGGGCUUUCGGGGGGAAGGUGAUAAAAACUGGCAUCAUGGCAGCCAUCACCGCCUUUGCUGCAAACAAGCACGGUCGUGCAGUUCGCUGCAUUCUAGAGCGAGGAGAAGACAUGUUAAUAACUGGAGGCCGCCACCCUUACCUUGGAAAGUAUAAAGUUGGAUUCAUGAACGAUGGCAGAAUCUUGGCCCUGGAUAUGGAGCAUUAUAGUAAUGGAGGCGCCUCCCUGGAUGAGUCAUUAUUUGUCGUGGAGAUGGGACUUCUGAAAAUGGAAAAUGCUUACAAGUUUCCCAACCUGCGCUGCCGGGCAUGGGCCUGCAGAACCAACCUUCCAUCCAACACAGCCUUGCGAGGGUUUGGCUUUCCUCAGACAGGGCUUAUCACUGAGUCCUGUAUCAUGGAAGUUGCAGCCAAAUGUGGGUUGUCUCCUGAGAAGGUUCGAACAAUAAACAUGUACAAGGAAAUUGAUCAGACACCCUACAGACAAGAGAUUGAUGCCAAGAACCUGAUCCAGUGUUGGAAAGAAUGUAUGGCCAUGUCUUCCUAUGCCCUAAGGAGAACCGCUGUGGAAAAAUUCAACUCAGAGAAUUACUGGAAGAAAAAGGGGCUGGCCGUGGUCCCCCUGAAGUAUCCUGUCGGCACCGGAUCACUUGCUAUGGGUCAGGCUGCUGCCCUGGUUCACAUUUAUCUUGAUGGAUCUGUGCUGGUGACUCACGGUGGAAUUGAAAUGGGGCAGGGGGUCCACACGAAAAUGCUUCAGGUGGCCAGUCGUGAGUUGAGGAUGCCAUUGUCCAACAUCCACCUGCGUGGAACAAGCACAGAAACCAUCCCUAAUGCCAAUAUCUCUGGAGGGUCCGUGGUGGCCGACCUCAACGGGUUGGCUGUAAAGGAUGCUUGCCAGACUCUUCUAAAACGCCUUGAACCCAUCAUCAGCAAGAAUCCUGGUGGCACUUGGAAAGACUGGGCACAGGCUGCUUUUGAUGAAAGCAUUAGUCUUUCAGCUACUGGAUACUUCAGGGGUUAUGAGUCGAACAUGAACUGGGAAACCGGUGAAGGCCAUCCUUUCGAAUACUUUGUUUAUGGAGCUGCCUGUUCCGAAGUUGAAAUAGACUGCCUGACAGGUGCUCAUAAGAACAUCAGAACAGACAUUGUCAUGGAUGUUGGCUACAGUAUAAAUCCAGCCCUUGACAUUGGCCAGAUCGAAGGUGCAUUUAUUCAAGGCAUGGGACUUUACACAAUAGAGGAACUGAAUUAUUCUCCUCAGGGUGUCCUGUACAGUCGGGGCCCCAGCCAGUAUAAAAUCCCUGCCAUCUGUGAUGUGCCCGCGGAGCUGCACAUUUCCUUCUUGCCUCCGUCUCAAAACUCAAAUACCCUGUACUCGUCUAAGGGUCUGGGAGAGUCUGGGAUGUUCCUGGGGUGUUCAGUGUUUUUCGCCAUCCAUGACGCAAUAAAUGCAGCGCGACAGGAGAGAGGCCUGUCUGGACCUUUAAAGCUCAAUAGUCCACUGACCCCGGAGAAGAUUAGAAUGGCCUGUGAAGACAAAUUCACAGAAAUGAUUCCAAGAGAUGAACCUGGGUCCUAUGUUCCUUGGAGUGUACCCAUAUGA